UGUUAGUCAAACGUCUCUGUCUCUGUUGUCAUUUGUCAUUUUAAAAAGCAACAUUUUUCAUGUCAGAGUGACUUGUAUUUCUUUUAAACAAAAUAAUCCAACUUUUACACAUUAAAAAUAUAUUCUUUUGUACUUUUAUAACUAUUUUUUAGUUAGUCCAUAAAGAAGUAAAAUGCCUGUAUAUAAAGUGAAAGUUAAAUGGGGAAAGGAUGUAUUUCCCGUGGAAGUGAAUACGGAUGAUUCGCCGAUGCUGUUUAAGGUUCAAAUUUUUACCCUAACAGGAGUACUCCCUGAAAGACAAAAAGUGAUGAUCAAAGGUGUUACUUUGAAAGAUGAUGGUUGGAGUAAUUUUAAUAUUAAAGAUAAUGCCACCCUUUUAUUAAUGGGUAGCAAAGAGGAAGAUGUGCCUAAAGAACCGGCUGAAAAAACUGUUUUUGUAGAAGACAUGAACGAAAGUGAAUUAGCCACAGCAUUUGAUUUACCAUGUGGUUUGAAAAAUCUUGGCAAUACCUGUUAUAUGAAUGCCACGGUGCAGUGUUUAAGAACUGUGCCAGAAUUAAAGGAAUCUCUACAAACAUACCAAGGAGUAGAGGUGUCUUCAGUUGAUGGCGCUUCAUUAUCUCAAGCAGUUACUGGUUCGUUAAGAGAUUUGCAUUUUCUUAUGGAUAAAGAAUCAACAGUUUUACCUGUAAGAUUUCUACACAUUCUUCAUGUUGCAUUUCCAAGGUUUGCAGAUAAAAAUGAGCAUGACAGUUAUACCCAGCAGGAUGCCAAUGAGUUUUGGACUGAACUUGUAAGGAUGCUUCAACAGGGGCUACCGGCAAAGCAAAUUGAAGGUGGUUCAAAUAAGGAACAAUAUAAUCUAAAAUCAGUAGAUUACCGGCAUAUUUAACCAUUCAAUUCGUUAGAUUCUUUUAUAAAGAAAAAGGAGCAAUAAAUGCCAAAAUAUUGAAAGAUGUUAAGUUUCCUAUGGAUUUUGAUGCGUUUGAUUUGUGUACUCCAGAGUUGCAAGAAAAACUAUCCGCUGCAAGAAGCAAAUUCAAGGAAUGGGAGGAUGCUCAAGUAGGUGUUGUGAAAAAAGUAGAGAACAAAGGAGAUGAAGAGAAGAAGAUUGAAAAGAAAUAUGAGCCUUAUUGGUUCGAGGAUGAUCUUGGUAGUAAUAAUAGUGGCUAUUACACGCUCCAAGCUGUGUUGACACACAAGGGGCGAUCUUCAUCCAGCGGCCAUUACGUGGGUUGGAUAAGAAUGUCGGGUGAUAAAUGGGUCAAAUGCGACGAUGAUGAAGUAUCCCCAGUGACCACAGAUGAUAUUUUAAGGCUUUCUGGCGGAGGCGAUUGGCAUUGCGCAUACGUUCUUCUCUACGGCCCGAAGCGCCUAGAACUGAUAGAAAAGGACGAAAAAAUGACCACAGAAUAAUAUAUCUUUUCCAUAAAAAAUAUAUCCCUAUGUGCAGUAAAUUACAAAUUGUAAUCUGUGUAAGUAAAAAAUAAAACACAUAGUUUUUUUUUCAUUCUGUA